CGAACAGGGCAGGCAGUGAACAGGCAGCUCCGGGGCUACCGGACACCUCCCCCCCACCCCUUCCCCUCAUCCCCGUUACCACCACCGCAUGCCGGCCCCCGCCGCUCCGCCGCCGCCUCCCGCGGCCCCCGCACCCGCCCCGCCGCCCGCCGCCCUUGUCUGAUGAGAGCCUCGGCUCCGCCGAAGCGGGCAGCAGCCGCCGCCGCCACUGCCACCACCGCCGCCGCCACUGCCACCAGCCGCCACCAUGUACCUGCACCCGGAGGCUGCCAGCGCAGGCUCUCCCUCCCGCGACGUCCUCCUGGUCUCAGCCAUCAUCACCGUCAGCCUUAGUGUCACCAUUGUCCUCUGCGGGAUCUGCCAGUGGUGCCAGCGCAAACUGGGGAAGCGUUACAAGACUUCCCUGGAGACCGUAGGGACCCCAGACUCCAGCCGAGGCCGCAGUGAGAAGAAGGCCAUCAAUGAUCUAGACAGAGACUUUUGGAAUAACAAUGACAACACAGUGCAGCAGAAAUGGAGCUCCUACCCUCCCAAGGAGUUUAUCCUAAACAUUUCUCCUUACGCUCCCUACGGUGACCCGCGCCUUUCCCUCAAUGGCUCUCUGUUAUCAGGGGCCAAGCUGACGGCGUCGGCGGCCGCGGGGUUGGCCGGGGAUCGAGACGCUCGGCCCGGGGAGAAGCAGCGGCUCGGCGAGGACGGCCUGAGGAGCAGCAUCUCUGCCCACAGCGAGCCUGGCACGGGGAAGGCGGCACGGGGCCGCUGGCACACGGUGCAGAGUCACUUGGCCGCAGGAAAGCUCAGCCUGUCCAAUUUCGAGGACUCCACCUUGUCCACAGCCACUACCCUUGAGUAUAUCCCCACCUCAGCAGGAGACCCCAAAUGCCAGAGGCCCCGCACGCUCAUGCGCCAGCAAAGUCUGCAGCAGCCCCUCAGCCAGCACCACCAACGCGCCAACCACAGCCAGCCCACCACCAGCCAGAGCUUGGGGCACCUCCAGGCCCACAGCGGCUCCUCCACCGCCACCGGUGCCACCAACCCCCGGGCUACCCGCGGUGGUGGCGGCGGCGGCGGCGGCCAAACGCGCCAAGGCGGCGGCGGCGGCGCCGGCUCCAAGCACCCGACGGCCGGCGGCCGGAGCAGCUCCAACCCUGGCAGCUGGGACCAUGUGGUGGGGCAGAUCCGCAACCGCGGCUUGGACAUGAAGUCCUUCCUGGAAGGCCGGAUGGUGGUGUUAUCCCUGGUUUUGGGACUCUCAGAACAAGAUGACUUUGCCAAUAUCCCCGACCUACAGCCUGCUGGGACGCAGCCGAACGAGUCGAACGCUCAGGGGGACAAGAGGUUGCCAGCCAGUGGCAAGGCAGUGAACACAGCACCGGUGCCCGGGCAGCCACCACACGAUGAGUCCGACCGCAAGACAGAGCCACACUCCUCUGUCUCCGACCUGGUCAACUCCCUGACCAGUGAGAUGCUGAUGCUCUCCCCAGGAUCUGAGGAUGAUGAGGGGCACGAAGGCGUCAGCCGGGAGAACCUGGGUCGCAUCCAGUUCAGCGUCGGCUACAACUUCCAGGAGUCCACCUUGACCGUCAAGAUCAUGAAGGCGCAGGAGCUGCCGGCCAAGGACUUCAGCGGCACCAGCGACCCCUUCGUCAAGAUCUACCUGCUCCCAGACAAGAAGCACAAGCUGGAGACCAAGGUGAAGAGGAAGAACCUCAACCCACACUGGAACGAGACCUUCCUCUUUGAAGGGUUCCCCUACGAGAAGGUGGUGCAGCGAGUGCUGUACCUGCAGGUCCUGGACUAUGACCGCUUCAGCCGCAACGACCCCAUCGGGGAGGUCUCCAUCCCUCUCAACAAGAUAGACCUCACCCAGAUGCAGACCUUCUGGAAGGAUCUGAAGCCUUGCAGCGAUGGCAGCGGGAGCCGUGGGGAGCUGCUGCUGUCGCUGUGCUACAACCCCUCCGCCAACUCCAUCGUGGUGAACAUCAUCAAAGCACGGAACCUCAAAGCCAUGGACAUCGGGGGCACGUCAGACCCCUACGUGAAGGUGUGGCUGAUGUACAAGGACAAGCGGGUGGAGAAGAAGAAGACGGUGGUGAUGAAGCGGUGCCUGAACCCUGUCUUCAACGAGUCCUUCGCCUUCGACAUCCCCACGGAGCGGCUGCGGGAGACCACCAUCGUCAUCACCGUCAUGGACAAGGACCGGCUGAGCCGCAACGAUGUCAUCGGCAAGAUCUACCUGUCGUGGAAGAGCGGCCCCGGGGAGGUGAAGCACUGGAAGGACAUGAUCGCCCGGCCCCGGCAGGCAGUGGCACAGUGGCACCAGCUGAAGGCUUGAGCACCCCAGGACUGUGGGGACAGGGCGGGGAUGCCCCUUCCCAGCCCCUCCUUUUCACCCCUCUAUGGGGCUCCCAUUGAGGAAACCAGGGAUCAGAGGGACACUGGCCUGGCUGGUGGGGACCCUGGGGUAGGAGGGGAUGGAAACCCCCUGACCCCCCCCCCCCCCCCUCCCCUUCCCCAUUUUCACCUCUCCCUGGCUCAGAAGGGUGCCAGAAGUGAUGCCUCCCACUCUGGUCUCCAUCCUUGCCAGCAGGCAGGACUUCUCCGAGUGCUUCCAGCCCCAGGGAGCCCUUCUGCCCCUCCCUGGCCUCACCACCCCCAUUGCAGGGAGGGCCAGGCUGUGGGUGCAGGAGGGACACCCCCACCCCCAAACCUCCCUCUCCCUGUUCAGCUCAAUAAAACCUCUCCGAGCCAUCAGUGUUGCCCAAAUGGGACCAUGGAGGCCCUCUCCAUGCCCUUUGCCUCUUCCCCACUGCCCUCCCUAAAGCAUCUCUUGGCCACACUGGGCUGGCAGAGGGGUGGGGGGCACUCGGGGCAGGGAGGGCAGCCACUUCUCCCGGGCCAGGCUCGGGAUUUUGGGAUUGGAAGCCAUGACACAGUUCGUUAGCCAAAGCAGGCUGCCUUCAGCCAGGGUUGGGGCUUUACCUCCAUCUUCAGGCUAGGUGGGAGCAGGAGGUGGAUUCCCCCAUCCCAUCCUGGGUGGGGACAUCACAGCCCAUGUGGGGAACCCCCCAUUCCAGCUCUUCCCACUCUUCCUCUCACCCUGGGUGUGUCUCCAUGGGGUUGGGCAGGUGGUGGUCCCACCUCAAGAGGAUGCUGAGCCCUAGAGCAUCUUCUUCCAGACAGGUUGGUCCAGGAGCCCCAUAAGUCCCUGUGGUAGUCCCUGGGGGAUAAAGGAUGGAGCAAGUGCCACUGUCCCCACCUUGGGCAGGUGGCCAUCCCCUGGACCAUCCAGCCUGGUGGGAGUGUGAUGCCAGCAGCAUUCUCCGUGGUGAUGGCACCUCCACUGGCAUGCACAUGCUGGGCCCCUGCCCACUCCCUCGGGCAAAGGCUACUGUGACAAGGGCUCCUAAAGGGAGGACAGCCCCAUGGGGGUGCAGGGUCUUUAGGGCAGCUCCUGAACUGGGGGGUGACAGAUGGGGUCGCUCUUGUGGGUCCUCCUCACUGCUGGGGUCAGUGAUGGCUGAGUGUGGUGUGGCACAGCCCUGUCCCCAGCAGGUGACACUCAAGUGCCAGGUAAGCAGAGCCCCUCUGAGCUGGCUGGGGUGAGGGGACACCGUCAGCUCCCAGCCUCUGGAUGGAGGGACAUUGGCCAAGCCCUUCUGGAGGAAGGGGAGGUGGCUGCUGCCACCUCCACAGCCAUCUCAGGUAGGGCACAGCCACCCAUGGGCACAGGGACACCCAGAGUGAGCCCAAAGGGUGCCCAUGGGCACAGAGCCAUCCCACUUGGCCAGGGCUCCCCCAUCCUCAGUCUUCCUAUUCCCUCCAUGGCACCCACCACCCACCCUUCACCCUUCCUGCACCCACAGGGGGAGGACACCAACACAGCCCCCCCCACUGGAUACCACCAAAGCCACAGGUUGUCCCCUGGGAAGAGACAGGGGGAGGAAACAACACUCAGUGUCCAGCCAGCAGCUCUCUUUCUGUGACUGUUUGACCCUGUCACCAUCACCCCUGUGCCACAACACAUCCCCAGCACCCAGUGCACCCCAUUCAUGCCACCCUGGGCGAGGAGGGGGGUGGGGGACACAGGGUGGUGGCGAUGAGCAGGAGCCCCAUGGAGCUUUCUCCACUGCAUGGAAGGGCAUUUUCCACCAGAACACCUUCCUCCCCCCCAAAAAAACACCCCCAAAACCCUGGAGUGCUUGGUUGCUUGUUCCUUUUUGGGGGAGGGGGAUGGCAUACACAGACAUCUCUGGCACCCUAGGGCUAAGUGGGGCCAAGCUGGCAAUGGUAGGGGGGAAGGGGAUGUGGUCCUGUAGCUCCCUCCAUGGUCUCCAUGGGUCUUCUUUAGCUGAUCUGUGGACAAUCUGGAGUGAAGUCAUAAUUCUGCUGCCACAGUAAUAAUGCUUUGAGGGACAUCUGUGUUCCUGGGGGCA